AUGGGUAAAACAAAAAUUUACUCCGUUGGCUUCACUGUGCACGAGGCCCAGAACCUCGUCACAGAGAAAGGACAGCCUGUUGACCCAUUGGUUGUUGUUCGGUGUUGCGGCCGAGAGUAUCGGACAGAAGUGAAGUAUGCCAAGUCCAACGUGGUGUCGUGGGAUGAAUCCCAUGCCUGGACAGACUUGUGCCUUACUGAUGAGGAGUGGGAGGCGGCUUACAUCACAUUCGAGGUGCAGGCGGCGAACGCUUUCUGGCGUAACACUCUACUGGGUCUGGUAUCUGUGCAGCUGAGAUUGAUUCAGCUGCGCAAAACUCACCAGAUUCGCAAGGCGUUACCCCUUCAGCAUCCCGACGACACCGACGUCCAUGGUAGUCUGCGUGUCACGAUCUUCGCAUGUGCGCCUGGAGAAGCUCCGCCAAGUCCUGGAGAGGAAGAAGUUGUCGAGGAAGAGGAUAACAACGACUAUGACGACCUUCGCAAAGCAGUCAUUGACACAAACCAAGUCGUAGAACGAGAAGCUGGGUCUCGGCUGUACCACGUCUACGUGACGGCUUACCGUGUCGAGGAUCUUCCCACCUCCAGCAAAGGUACCCGUGACCCGUUCGUCACGUGCGAGUUUGCGGGGUGUAAAUUAAAAUCAAUGCAAGCGCGAGGCUGCUGCUCCCACACCUUCAACGAGUGUUUCCGCUUUCCUGUCGUGACGCCCCUUCCCGAAGACGCCAUUCUCAUCAAGGUUUGGGACUGGAACUUCAUGAGAGCGGAUGAGCUCAUCGCUGUGUCACCGUUCGUCAACGUGGCUUACAGCAUCCAUAGGCUGGGGCAGGAUAUCUUUUUCGGAGCUGCGAACUCGCCAGAUGCUUCCGAGGCAAGCGAUGGUGGACGGGGUCAUCUUGCGUCGUUCUUCUUCAUGAUGCGACGCUUCAGUAAACGUCAUCGAGGAACGCUAUGGUUCAAUCUCUACGGCUUCGACGACAAGGAAGUCGCACAAGCGACGAAGGUGGCAGGCCAAGGCGGACGACUCGUGGCCAAUUGCUAUCUGGGCCGAAUUUUGCUAAGUGCCCGGGCAGAGCGUCUCACCAAAGAGGACGAUCUUAUGCCGGCCCAUACAGUCGCAGCGCGGCCGUACGAGACCCCUCCUGUUAUUCCUCUGGCCCUUCUCGCCGACAUAUACGAGGUACAAGGCGCCCCAGGCGAAAAGGUCUCCGUCGAAAUAUGGUGCGGCCCUGCAAGAGCCCGUACCAAGUGGGUCAUGGGCCUCGAAUCCAAGGCAGCCCAACGGGCGGGUGCCGCUCCUCAGGCUUUGAAUCGUGCCAUCGAAGGAGCGUUAGGAGUAGCCAACUAUCUCAUGGGGGAGGUUCCAGAGGGAGAAGAUCGAUUUCCGUUUGACAAUUUCGAAGGAAGAGUGGAGGAUCUACGCCUCGUGGUACCGGAAGAUACGAAGCAGCAAUGGGACGUCAUCAUCAGCGUUCACGUUCGCGGCUCCACCAAGGGUUUCAUGGGUGAUACGAGAAUUGCCUUCCAGCGGCUCAAGAUGUCGAAGGUACCUGUACAUACGCACAACAACCCCCGUACUCCGGUGUGGGUGCCGCUUAUCUCUACACCGCCUUUUGAGAGCAUGAAACCCGCUCCAGCUAUUCUCAUGUGCAUUGAAAAGUCGAAGGUCGAAUCGUUCGCACGUUCAAAGCGCAAGCAUGUGACUGCAGUGGACUAUCAGCUGCGGGCCUAUGUCUACGCAGCUCGCAAUCUCUUGUCUCCGAGCGGAGCCCUCCCAAACCCUUUCGUCCAGGUGGCGUGUGCGGGGAAUGCACGAGAGACAGAAGUCUUUGAGCAGACAUCCAGCCCUGUCUUCAUGGACUGUCUCCUCCUCGACAUUACGAUGAUGACGGAUCCCGUCUCGAGGCUGCCGACCGUUGCUCCCAUUGUAGUUACUCUCUACGAGCAGCGCUCCUGGGGGACGCAGUUCCUCGGCCGGGCGACGUGUCACUACGAUCGACUGAGAGGACGGCUCAAGCCUGGAGAAGCCCCAACAGUGGCCGAGCCUCGGUGGAUCAAGCUGCGGGGAGGCAAAUAUGCGAACAGACACUUGGGUGAUGUCUUGUUGAUGCUGGAGCUCAUUCGGAAGCGAGACGCGCAACUGAUUCCGGCCUUCCCGAUGCGCCCGGUGGUGAACAUGUGCACUCUGACGUUCUCCUGUCUUGGGCUACGAAGUCUUUAUAUGACCCAGAGAGCCAAGCGACUGGACUAUGUGUCCAUUCGCAAAGGCGAAGAUGUGAAAGCGGAACUGCGGCGUAUAAGGGGGCCCGUUAUUCGGGUGUCUGUUUCGUCGUUUGCCUCCGCGGGACGAGGCAACAACGAAGCAAUCCUGCGCUAUGAGCGGAACCUUCCCGAGGACCCCACCAUCGUGAACAAGCAUUGGACGACUGUAACCAAGGCUGCAAACACGGACAUUUUCAAGGUGGCUUACAUGGAAAUUGAUGUGCCAGUGGACCCUAUCUAUGAUCCGCGCUUGGUUGUUCAAGUGUACGACAGGAAGCAAAAGCCAAAGUAUUUUAUCGGGGAAUACUCGAUGUCCCUCGUUCCUCUCAUGCCGUGGGUCCUCGAUCAGCAAGGCGCGAUCGAGGCUGUUGCACCGCUAAAUGACUUCACCGAUACAGUUGACCUAAAACACAUCGGCGGCUUGAUGCGUGGCUUUCACGGGAGCUCCAAAAAAAGCGGCACUGGGCAGAUUGGUUUAGAGGCUCUCAGUGCUGCUGAUCGGGAGACUGCGGACGCUCACAAGGAACUGACUCUCGCUCAGUCCAGAUUCGCAACCUAUGACCCAGAUAACAAGCGCCUGGAUGUUCGCCGCAACGCUGGCAUCUUGUGUAACAUGGACUGGAGACACCGAAAUAGUUUGAUGUCUUUCAGAGGCCGAGCCUCGGAAUUGCUCCUUGUGUGGUUUGUUUUGUUUGCGGAAGGCAAGCGAGCUGCCGACAAGAAAACGAAGGAACAAUAUGCGCGCCCCUCCGUGGACUCCACACUGGAGCAAUUCCUGGACGAUGUCACUUUCCCCUCCGACAGUUUGAAGAAGUCUGUUAUGGGUGAUAUCGAUGUUACCGGCUUUGUGAAGUUUUUCGUAAAUCUUACUCAUCACGAUGAACCGAACCCACAUGUCGACCCCGCUGCGGUGGAAUUGGCAAGCAGCGAAGAUCGCAUGCGGCGGAACCUCAGAGGCGAGGAAGCUUACCCCAAGCUGAUGAAGAUCCGAGUAUACGUGAUUCGCGCCAUCAGCUUGUAUGUGGGAGACGAUCGGAUUGUACCCAAUCCGUACCUCCUUUUCAACCUGGGAGACAAAUCGGACACGCUGCGCGCGGAGGCGAAGUCCAACACGCAUAAUCCAGAGUUUUUCACGGUGUGGGAGAAAGACGUGAUGUUCCCUGACGACUCCCAGUUCGAACUACAAGUCUGGUCUGCCCAUGAAGGGGUGUCGGGAGGGCUGGAGGACAUCUACAUCGGUAGCACGUGCAUUGACCUAGAAGAACGGUGGUUUUCAAAGGAGUGGCAAAAAUCCAUGUCGAAGAACCAGGUUCCAAUGGAGUACCGCCCCCUGAAGCAGAUGCCGGGUGGGUCUUUUAAGGGAACAGUCGAGAUGUGGGUCGAGCUCAUGGAUUUCCAGAAAGCCGGAGAGGUUCCCAAGUUCGAUUUGCAGAGCCCCGCUGCGACAGAAGUUGAAAUUAGGGUUAUUGUGUGGGGUGCGCGGAACUUGGCUGUCAAGAUUUUGGGCAAAGACUUCAUUGACGCCAUGAUCCGCUGCAAUCUAGACUGCACAGGCUACCGAGGCACCCAGCCUGCUGCUCAACAAACCGAUGUCCAUUACUACUCAAAAACAGGGGCUGCCAUUUUCAACUGGCGCAUGGUGUAUUCACGAGUACAAAUGCCUGUCAGCACGUGCGUGCUUCAAAUUGCCGCCUACGACAACCGAAACAUGGGGCAGGCGUCAUUUGUUGGCGAGGUGAACCUCGAAUUGCGCCGGUAUCUGGAACGGGUUGCGAGUACGCUGAACAGCAUUGACGUCGACGCCGAGUUAAAACUCAUCAAUCGCUCUCGAGAAUCAGCAGAUAUUUCGACGUUCGGUUUCGUCCAAGUCUCGCUGCAGUUUAUCUCACAAUCUGAGGCCACCAGCAAACCUGUUGGACUAGGCCGAGAUUCUCCGAAUCGGGAUCCGCGAUUGACCACUCCCCAGGAAGGCCGGAAAUGGGAAGAUGUGCUCGGCUCUGCUGGACUUCGUGUGGAUUACCGGCCUCUCUGGUAUUGGGUACGCGUCGCCGCCGUUGUUUUCCUGUGUAUCUGGGUCUUUGUUGUGGCCUUCCUCUAUCCCUCACUGCUGGGCUAA